CCUCCCACGUGGAUACAAUGAACAUUUCCAACUCCCCUGAAAAAAAAAAACACACACUUGCACGCGACAGACUCUCUCUCUCUCUGUUCCGAUGUGGGUAAAUACCGUUCAUUACGAACUGGUUCGUCCGGUUCCGGCGACCCUAACCAGUCCCCGAAACCCGAAUCUCCUCGUUUCUUUUCCGAAACCGAAAACGUUUCGUUUUCUUAGGCUUGUUAAGUUCAAAGCUUUGGCGGCAAAGAAGCAGCAGCUCACUAAGUUAGAAACUCGGAAGCCAGAGAGUGAAAACUUCACUGUGAGCGCAAAGAAUGGUGAUGAAGUUGCUGAUUAUGGAUGGCUACCUGCUUUUCCUCACGUCUUGAUUGCUUCUCUGUCCAAUUUUCUAUUUGGGUAUCAUAUUGGAGUACUGAAUGGUCCUAUUGUUUCUAUUGCACGAGAACUUGGUUUUGAAGGAAAUUCAAUACUCGAGGGACUUGUGGUUAGCAUUUUUAUUGUUGGUGCAUUUGUUGGAAGCAUAAGCUCUGGCUCAUUGGUUGAUAGACUUGGUUGUCGGCGUACAUUCCAAAUUGUCACAAUACCCUUGAUUCUUGGCGCUAUAUUAAGUGCACAAGCUCACUCCUUGGAUGAAGUACUUUUGGGAAGAUUUCUUGUUGGCCUUGGUAUAGGUGUGAAUACGGUUCUUGUUCCGAUUUAUAUAUCUGAGGUUUCCCCAACGAAAUAUAGAGGAUCACUGGGAACCUUGAGUCAGAUCGGCUCCUGUCUUGGCAUUAUUACGUCACUUUGUGUGGGAAUUCCCUCUGACAAUGAUCCACAUUGGUGGAGGACAAUACUCUACAUUGCAAGUAUCCCUGGAUUUAUCAUUACGAUUGGUAUGCAGUUUGCUGUAGACAGCCCCCGCUGGCUUUGUAAAGCUGGGAGAUUGGAUGAUGCUAAAGCAGUUGUCAAUAACCUUUGGGGAGCAUCUGAAGUUGAAAAGGCAAUUGAAGAAUUUCAGACAGUCAGCAAGAAUGAUGGAAGUGAUUUGAACAGCAGAUGGCUUGAACUCCUAGAAGAGCCACACUCUAGAGUUGCAUUCCUUGGAGGCACCCUUUUUGUACUUCAACAGUUUGCUGGUAUAAAUGGGGUUCUUUAUUUUUCAUCAUUGACCUUUCAAAAUGUUGGAGUUACAAGUGGUGCUUUAGCAAGCUUGGUUGUUGGACUUACCAACCUUGCAGGUUCACUUUGUGCUUUGUAUUUAAUGGAUAAGCAAGGAAGAAAAAAGCUCUUGAUAGGAAGCUACUUAGGAAUGGCAGUUUCGAUGUUUCUUGUAGUCUACGCAAUCAGUUUUCCUUUAGAUGAACAACUCAGUCACAACUUAUCAAUACUAGGAACUGUACUGUACAUUUUUACCUUUGCAACUGGAGCUGGCCCAGUAACAGGUCUCAUUAUACCAGAGCUCAGCAGCACCAGGAUGCGUGGAAAGAUAAUGGGAUUCAGUUUCACAGCUCAUUGGGUUUGCAAUUUCUUGGUGGGGCUUUUUUUCCUUGACUUAGUUGAGAAAUUUGGAGUUUCUCCAGUUUAUGCUAGCUUUGGCGGAGUUUCCUUGGUGGCAGCAAUAUUUGUCAAUUACUUCAUAGUUGAAACUAAAGGGCGCUCUCUGGAGGAAAUAGAAAUGUCACUGAAUCCCAAUAUCCAGGCCAGAGACAAGUGACCACAUACAUUCUGAUCCAAAAGAUAAGUGUCAUGCUCAACUGCAGAGAUGGUUUUGCUUCACAGAACACUGGUAUUUUGUGAUGAAGAUUUUCAGCUGGCAAUCCUCCAUGUUGCAGUCUCUAGACUGCAUGUAAGCAAAUUUCGAUGAUUUUUUUUUUUUUUCCUUUAAAUAUUUAGUGAAUGGAAGAUUUUUUUUUUUUU